CCGGUCACCACCCCACUCUGUUCAAGUGCUGCUAAUCUUACUCUGUCCGCCUCUGUUUAAAUAGUAAAACGCGUUGGUUUCAGUGGUGGCGCCAUGCCGCCCCCUGGUGGCGCCAGCGGGACUUGCAGCUCGCUCCGGGCGCAGCGCUACUCGCAGAUCCAUAUGCUGGUGAAAGCCAGACUGAAUCGCUAUGGGAACUUCACCAGGCGAGUUCCUCCGAGUCUGAACCAAAGCAGCAACUCAUCGCGUCUGAACGGAACCGCAGAACCGGCCCACCUUGACUCGGAGGGCGGCCUACAAGUUGUUCAACUCCAGAAGAAGAAGAAGAAGCCAUGGACUCGAGAGACACAGCCCCGGAUUCAUGGGAGCAGGAGGAGGAUGCCGAGGCCCCGGCUCCCGCGGCGGAGCUCCCAGCCGCCUUCGCCGCCCUCAAUGUGAACGCCAAGCCGUUCGUCCCCAACGUGAACGCCCCGGUGUUUGUGCCGAGCUUCCUUCAGGCCAGCAGCGCCGGAAUCCCGGCUUCAGACGGUCCUCCGGAACCAGCUGCUAGCAUGGAGGUGACGGACACAGCCGCACCAGUGGAGAACGGAAACACAGAGGCUGACAUGGCGGCGGAGGAGGAAACGUGGGAGCAGAAGGAGGAGCCCGGGGGAGGCGAGGGAGGCGGCGGGCAGGAGGAGCUGGGAACGGAGGGGGGCGGCGAAGAAGGCGGCGCCGCGGGGAGAGAGGAUGAGGAGAUGAUGGAGGAGGAAGAGGAGGAGAUCCCCCUCCCUAAGGUGGCCCCGCCGCCGCCUGAUGCUCCCAAGAAGGAACACGUGAACGUCGUCUUCAUCGGUCACGUCGAUGCUGGUAAAUCCACCAUCGGAGGGCAGAUCAUGUACCUCACUGGGAUGGUGGACAAGCGAACGCUGGAGAAAUACGAACGAGAGGCGAAGGAGAAGAACAGGGAGACAUGGUAUUUGUCGUGGGCUCUGGACACCAACCAGGAGGAGAGAGACAAGGGCAAGACGGUGGAGGUGGGGAGGGCUUACUUUGAGACGGAGAAGAAACAUUUCACCAUCCUGGACGCGCCGGGACACAAGAGCUUCGUCCCCAACAUGAUCGGCGGCGCGUCGCAGGCCGACCUGGCGGUUCUGGUCAUUUCGGCCAGAAAAGGCGAGUUUGAGACGGGCUUUGAGAAGGGCGGCCAGACGCGGGAGCACGCCAUGCUAGCUAAAACAGCCGGCGUUAAACAUCUGAUCGUUCUGGUCAACAAGAUGGAUGACCCCACCGUGAACUGGAGCCUCGAAAGGUAUGAGGAGUGUAAAGAGAAGCUGGUGCCAUUUUUAAAGAAGGUGGGCUUCAACCCAAAGAAGGACAUCCACUUCAUGCCUUGUUCUGGACUCACAGGUGCCAACCUCAAAGACCCAGUGCCCGAGUGUCCCUGGUACACGGGUCUGCCCUUCAUCUCCCACCUGGACAGUUUGCCAAACUUCAACAGAUCUAGCGACGGGCCUGUCAGACUACCGAUAGUGGACAAGUACAAGGACAUGGGGACGGUGAUCCUGGGGAAGCUGGAGUCCGGCUCCAUCAGUAAGGCUCAGCAGCUGGUCAUGAUGCCCAACAGGCACACGGUGGAGGUUCUGAGCCUGCUGAGCGACGACGUGGAGACGGACGACGCCGGGCCGGGGGAGAACCUGAAGCUGCGGCUCAAAGGAAUAGAAGAGGAGGAGAUUCUGCCCGGCUUCAUCCUCUGCAGCCCCGACAACCUGUGCCACUCGGGCCGCACCUUCGACGCUCAGAUCGUCAUCAUUGAGCACAAGUCCAUCAUUUGUCCCGGUUACAACGCGGUGCUUCACAUCCACACCUGCAUCGAAGAGGUGCAGAUCACGGUGAGUCGCCGCGUCCUGAUUGGCUCCUUCCAGUCAGGAAACCCGGCAGCAAGACACUUUCUCAUUGGACGGGUUUUCUGUCGCAACAAAGAUCCUUUCAGUGUUUCAGUAGAAAACUGCUCAGAUCUGUGAUAAAAAACGACCAAAUUGGCUUCAAACACAAACCAGAGGCUCAUUUUUUGAUAAGUUUAUGUCACUAUGUCUUAGGCCUGGGCAGA